AUGUCUAAUUCUGAUAUACGGGACGUCGCAGAAGUCAGGUUGUCCUAUCAACAACAGUUCUCAUUGUUAGACUACGCCGUGUUUGUAACGAUGCUAUCAAUUUGUGGUGUUAUUGGUGUUUACUUUGGAUUCGUUAAUAAACAGAAGUCUACUCAGGAAUAUCUCAUGGGUGGAAGGAACAUGAAACUGGUUCCUGUUUGUUUCUCGCUGGUUGCUACUUUUAUUUCAGGCAUCUCUCUAUUAGGCACACCUACCGAGUUAUAUAUUUAUGGAACUUCGUAUAUUUUUUCUUUCUCCGGCGCUGUUAUGAUGUCAAUUGUAAUAUCCUAUACAUUUAUACCCGUUCUACACGAACUUCAAUUAACGUCAGCUUAUGAGUACUUAGAAUUACGAUAUGACAAGCGUACAAGAUUCUUCGGCUCUGUCCUGUUCAGCAUUUACUUGUUGGCUUGGCUACCCAUCGUUAUAUAUGUUCCUGCAUUGGCUUUUAAUCAAGUAACUGGUGUAAAUAUUCAUAUUGUUACGCCGAUAGUUUGUUCCGUCUGUAUAUUUUAUACUUGUCUGGGAGGGUUGCGAGCGGUUGUAUGGACUGAUGUAAUUCAAACUGUAGUUAUGAUUGGCGCUAUGAUUUUGGUCAUUAUAAAGGGAACUGUCAUUGUUGGUGGUUUCGAGCAAGUUCUAAUUAAGAAUUGGAAUAGUAAUAGGAUUGAAUUUCCGCCUUUGAGUUGGGACCUGACUGAAAGGCAUUCUUUUUUGGCGGUGUCGAUUGGGUCUACAUUCUAUUGGAUAGGGCUGAUAGCUGUCAACCAAUCAAUGUUGCAAAGAUUUUUAUCUUUGCGUGACUUGAAAACAUCUAAAAGGGCCGUUUGGGGAUUUUUAUUUGGAGUUUUAUUUGUUGUGCUCGUGUGUGGCUAUAGCGGUUUAUUGGCAUUCGCGAGAUAUCACGAUUGCGACCCUGUAGACUCCAAACUUAUUCCGGCCAAGGACCAAUUGUUACCUUUACUAGUUAUGGACGUACUCGGUGAUUGGAAUGGAUUGCCAGGUCUAUUUGUAGCGGGGGUGUUCAGUGCUGCACUCAGCUCAUUGUCAACCGGCCUCAAUUCUAUGGCCGCCGUUGUUCUGGAAGACUUUUGGAAACCAUUCUUUAAACCAUUGACUGACAAGGACACGCAAAUAUUGGUGCGAAUGGUCGUUGUUAUCCUGGGCUGCAUCUGCGUAGGUCUGGUGUUUGUCGUUGAAAAGCUUGGACCGGUUCUGCAAUUGACUAUGACUCUAUCAUCAGCAUCGAUGGGACCACUUGCAGGAGUUUUUUUAAUGGGGUUAUUUAUGCCUUUUAUCGAUGGCACAAACGCUUUGAUUGGUGGAGUAACAGGAUUGUUGUCAGCAUGGUGGGUCGCUGCAAACUCUCAAUGGGCACAAACAAAUGGAUUUCUGAAUUUCAACGAGAAAGAAAGAUUCACAGUUAAUUGCACCUACAGCUAUGAGCGUUCUGCAACUUCUGUGGAUGUUGAUGACGUGGAGGUGCCGUAUCUAUACCGUAUAUCGUAUCUGUGGUUCACAACAUUUGGCUGUACAGUGACCAUAGUGAUUGCAAGUGUUUUGUGUUUGAGAAAAUUUCCUAAAAUACAAAGCGAUCAAAGUUUAUUCGCGCCCUUCAUUAGACCUUGGAUAGGGAAAUCAAGACCAGUGAUA